AUGAACGUGCAUGAGUCCACACCAGACAUCUCUGUGUUCCCCCUCAGCCCAGAUGGCAGCCAAGUCCCUUCACAGCCCACUUCAGUUCCAUGCUGGGAUUUGCUCAGUGAUACCAGCCAGUGUGAUGUUGAAGCUCCACUCCUCCGCAAACACAUGCUUCUGAGCUUCUCGGCUGCCUCUAGAGCCGCCGGCACAGGAGGCCUUAGCGACUGCUGGAGUCUGCCAGCUCUGAUUAGACAAGAUUUUCCAAGGCAGAGCGUGGCCGUGCCCAUCCAACCCUGCACGGAGAGUGAAUUCUGCACCAGAGCUAUCGUCCUGACCAAACAAGAACAUCUGGGAGUCGACUACAUCCUGCUAAAAGAAGACCCCAGCCCCCGGAUGAUAAUCACCAAUAGGUGCCCGGUGCCCUUCCUGCUGAAGGAGAACCUUAGAGACUCGCCCAAGUUCAACGUUCAUUGCCGAACACUUCUGUCCAACUCCUCCGUACACUAUGAGCUCUACCAUCAGGCCUCCAGCUUCCCGGACUGCAAGAGCAAGGAUACUUUACCUAGCAUCGUGUUGAAAACACCUUGUGCAGACAAAGACGACUGGAGCAACGCCAUCGACAUCAACUGCCCUGGAACUCAGGUGGUCUUUCUGACGGGAUACGGCUGCCUGUAUGUGGACGUGCUUCACCACUCCAGCACAGUGACACUCAUCCUGUCACCCAAGGGACGGGCAGAGGCAGCCAUCACUACCUUUCCCAGAGCUAUGAAGCCGGUGGUUGCAUUCAGGGUCCUUUUCAGCGAGGUGGGUCUGGUGGUGCGAGAUGACAUCACUAACCAUAAGGUGUCGACUGAGCUGCUACGGCUGACCCUCGCCAAGAUCCUGCUCAACAUGACCCCAGCACCAGAAAGCUCCAAGUUCUCCCCACCAGAAUUUAGCAUGGUGGCCUCAGAGGGGCUCUCUGAACUGUACACAUUGGAGGUGUGCAUUGCAAGCCUACAGUUGGACAAUCAGCUCUACAACCGAGCCAGCUUUCACUUUCCUGUGUUACUCUGCCAGGAGCAGAAAGCCGACGUCGCACAAUGGACUCGGGACUCCAAUCCAGCGCUCUCUCUGAGGGGUCUCCAGGAGUACAGGGGAAGCUGCUUUAUGCAGGUGUGCCUCACGCUCUCUCACACUUGCAGCUUUGCUUACAGCGUCGACGAAGUGACAUUUGAGCUGAAGCCCGCCAGGCUUUAUGUGGAAGACACCUUUGUUUACUACAUCAAGACGCUUUUCCACACGUACAUCCCUGACAGACUGCUUCACAGUAACCCGGGGAAGGUUUCUGGCUCUUCAACACGGCUGCAGUGUCCUGAGCCAGUAGAGCAGUCCCUCCGAGCCCUGGUCCACCCUGUGAAGCUCCAGAAGUUAACUCUUCAACCAGUCAGCCUUCUGGUUAGCAUUCAUGCCUCGCUGAAGCUCUACAUUGCCUCUGAUCACACUCCCCUGUCUUUCUCUGUGUUUGAAAGAGGGCCCAUCUUCACCACGGCCCGGCAGCUCAUCCAUGCCCUUGUGAUGCACUACGCAGCCGGAGCGUUGUUCCGUGCCGGCUGGGUUGUUGGCUCUCUGGAAAUCUUGGGGAGCCCGGCAAGUCUAGUCAGGAGUAUAGGCAACGGCAUUGCGGACUUCUUCAGGCUUCCUUAUGAAGGGCUGACUCGAGGCCCAGGGGCGUUUGUGAGUGGAGUGUCCCGGGGCACCACAUCCUUUGUGAAGCACAUAUCCAAAGGCACCUUGACAUCAAUUACCAACCUGGCCACCAGUCUGGCACGAAACAUGGACCGCCUGUCUCUGGAUGAGGAACAUUACAACCGGCAGGAGGAGUGGCGACGGCAUCUCCCGGAGAGCCUGGGGGACGGUUUGCGGCAGGGCCUGUCCCGUCUAGGGAUCAGUUUGUUAGGAGCGAUUGCCGGAAUUGUAGAUCAGCCCAUGCAGAACUUUCAGAGGACCUCUGAGACGCAAGGAUCAGCAGGUAGCAAAGCCAAAGGCGUCAUCUCAGGAGUCGGGAAAGGAAUUGUUGGUGUUUUCACCAAACCGAUCGGAGGGGCAGCGGAGUUAGUCUCCCAGACAGGAUAUGGUAUUUUACAUGGGGCAGGACUUUGUCAGCUUCCCAAGCAGCUCUACCUACCGAUCGAAGGGCAGGCCACACAAGCCUCAAACAGCCAUUUGAAAUACGUCUGGAAAAUGCUGCAGUCCCUGGGGAGGCCAGAGGUGUCCAUGGCCCUCGACGUGAUGAUCGUCAGCGGCUCGGGUCAGGAACACGAGGGAUGUCUGCUGCUAACUUCAGAGGUGCUUUUUGUGGUCAGCCUCAGCGAGGACACACAACAGCAGGCCUUCCCAGUCACGGAGGUUGAUUGUUCCCAGGACCCAGACCAGGACACUCAGCUCAGGGUGGUGCUAAAGCAGCAGCGAGUGGUAUGUGACAUGGAGGUUGAGGGUGCAAGAGAGAGACUUUCUGAACAGCAGUAUAACCGACUUGUGGACUACGUGACCAGGACAAGCCAGCACGUGGUGCACGGCAGCAGCUGCAGCCUCCCUUCAGAGCUGUCUCCACUGGUGCCUGUCGAACCCCCGCCUAACACCAUCAAGACAUACAAAUAUGUAGUGGAGCCGCACUGCGCAAGAGUCUUUGUCAACAAGUUCGCAAUGGUCAAGAACAAGGCCCUGAGGAAAGGCUUCAACUGAAUGAACUUGUUCUUUCAAUACAAAAAAACUAAAAAGAAACACGAGAGCGAGCUCUGCAGGCCUAGAAAAAGUGAAACCAGCAAGGGGUUUAUAAUGGGGCCUGUGGUAGGAGUAGAGAACUUUGGGUGGCCAGAGCUCAGGAUCUGCAGUAUGACUGUGCUGAAGUCGCCAGCCAUCACAUACUGUAUGUGUCGUGUGGGAGGCAGUGUGCGGAUUCACAGACGUCACUCAGACAGUUUUUAACUCGCUGAACUUGUAAAGAAAAAAUUCCAAAGGAAAAAAAAAAACAAACUAGUGUGUAAUAACAGAAUAUGUGGCCCUUUGUGGGGCUGCGUUAUUUUUUAAAUAAUCUAUUGAGGUUUACUGCUUUUUGAACUGAAAAAAUGAAGAAUGAGUGCCUUUCCUGUAACCUUCACUUUGUACAAAUGUGGGACUUCCAGAUCAUGUAGAACUCAAGUUUGUUUUAUAAUUCUAAAAAGAGUCAGAGAUAUUUAAAAGAAAGCACUAAUAAAUGGUAAGAAUGCUG